AUGAGACCCCCGAGAGGUGGAGGCAGUUUUAGAGGCGGAAGGGACGGUGGCCGUUUUGGUGGCGGCGGAAGGGGCGGUGGCCGUUUUGGUGGCGGAAGGGGCGGUGGCCGUUUUGGUGGUGGGUUCCGUGACGAAGGACCUCCUGCUGAAGUUGUUGAGGUAGCUACUUUUCUUCACGCAUGUGAAGGUGAUGCAGUUACGAGACUCACGAAUGAGAAAAUACCAUUCUUUAAUGCUCCAAUCUAUUUGCAAAACAAAACUCAGAUAGGAAAAGUUGAUGAAAUUUUUGGUCCGAUCAAUGAAUCUUAUUUUUCAAUCAAAAUGAUGGAAGGCAUUAUUGCAACUUCAUAUAACCCGGGAGAUAAGUUCUUCAUUGACCCGGGCAAGCUUUUGCCCCUUGCAAGAUUUCUUUCACAACCAAAGGGACAGCCUCAAGCUGCUGGAAGAGGUGGCCGUGGGGGAGGCAGAGGUGGCUUUAGAGGUGGCUUUAGAGGUGGUGCUCGUGGAAGGGGUGCUCCAAGAGGGGGCAGAGGUGGACCACCCAGAGGUGGUGGUCGUGGUGGUGGCUUUAGGGGCAGAGGAAGGUUUUAGAACAUUGUGUAGUGCUACUAGUGCUUUUGUACCUUUGUGUUUUCAUCUUAAGUUGGAAUGGGCUUACAACAAUCAAAAUCUGAAUUGUGAUUUGAGUAUUGACUGCUGGUUGUUAAUGACCAAUUUUUGUUUCAUAUUUAUAUUAUUCUCAUCCAUAUCGUGUUCAUGAA